CGCGCCUGGCCGGGGGACACGUGAUGAUUGCCUUCAGACGGCCUUUGUGCCCGUAUUGUCUCUACCGUGUCGCGUUAAGUUCUCUUUUGCCCGAGAAACAGAGCUGAAUUGCCAGACUCCUACGGUAGAACCAGUAAGAGUCAUGGUAAAUUGUGGUCCUGUAUAGAGAAAAAUACGUACGGGACUGUACACGUUUAUGAAACGGAGUGUGUCAUAAGCUGUUUGCUGGCAUCGUUAUUAUUAUUAUUUUUAUUAAUAGGAAAAUGCUAUCCUGCAUGUAAUCUCCUUUGGGCAAGUGAUCAUCCCUCAGCAUCAUCUCCCUUGGAUCAUUUUGAUGUUAAAUUCUACUGACGCUCUACUGACUUUCUACUGACGCUCAGAUACAAAUACAAGCCUAAAAGAUGAAUCUGAAUCUUUGGAAUACCAAAGAUAUAUUUAUGACUCCAACAAAAAUGGGGUCCCAUAAAUCAUCUGCCUGGACCAGCGCUCCCAACGAACAUAACAGUAUGAGUGAUUCUCAGUUCCUUUUUGGCUCCCAGUUUUGCCCAGAGAAUUCACAGUGUGCAUCAGCUUCAGUUGAAUUUAGUAUCCCACAAAGGCAGGACAAAGGUUCACAACAGAAUUCUCAGGAAAACGAUAUCAGUAUUUUUGCCAAAUACCAGUCUAAACCACAGCUCUUUGGAAAAGAGGAGAAGGAAAAUGUCUCCCUUAACAAUUUUGCUGGAAGAUUCAAAGGAGUCAUGGAACAAUUUGAAGAAAAUAAGAAAAAGAUUAAGGAAAAAUAUGAUAAUGACCUUUUAAAUGCUUUUGUUUUGAACACCAAAGAGAGUCUUCAAAAGUUGCAAUCCUCUUUCAAUAUGUUAGAAGAAACUCUGAAAUCUGUUUUGAAUGAUUUGGGAAAUAUUUCUAAGACAAUGCAAGAAACCUCUCAGUCCCAUUAUGGAUUGUUACUGAAUGCUCUUGGUGAGAAAAAUGAAAUGGGACAAGUAUUAUUGGGAAUGGAGAAAAGGCUGCAAGAAAAAGACACAGAAAUCUCAGAUCUGAAGUCUAGCCUUCAAUUACUAAAAGAGAGUCUGGAGCAAUUUACAGUUCAGCAGAACCAGCAGCACUUGAAGAUCUGUGAACAAUUGGACCAUAUGAAGCUUUCCAAAAUUCUGAAUGACUUACAAGCAUUCAUUUCUGCACCCAGAGAAUCUCAUCAUCUCAAGGACAACGGCUCUCAGACUUCUCCAGAUAGGCUGCUGAACCAAUUAUCUUAUAGUUGCCACUUGAAUGUUUUAAACAUCUCUCCUGCAAACAAAGACAUCUCUAAUAAGGCUGCCUCAGAAAAUAAAGAAAAUUUUCACAUGUGGCAGAAGAGCCAUAUUCCAGCCAGAAGCCCCAAUGCCAACAAAACGCUUUGUUGCUGUGGUGGAAGUUUUCUUGCAAAAAGCCAAGAGAGAAAGUGGUUCCUUAGUCAAGAGCCAAACGAAGCUACUCCGGUGAGGAAAGUGAUCCAGAGAAAUAACCAAGCAAAAGGCUACAGUGCUACAAAACAUUCACAGCUAAACCAUCCUGAAAUGGAUAAUGGGUUCGUGCAAAAUCGUGCAGGUGAUGGGAAAAGCGAGGAACUAAUCCCAGGCAAGAUGAAUAAUAAAAGUAAAGAAAACAGAGUUAAACAGGGCAAGCCACGGUUGCCUAGCCAGAGGAAAAGAAUGUACCCCUCCAGGAAAGGAAACAGUUUGAAAUAUCCCAGAGCUAAUAUAAAACAGGAAACAACAGGAAAAGGACACUCCAUUGGAGAAUACGCCUGUAGGGAAACAAGGGAAUCUGGUAGUAUUAGCUUGAGGCCUGUGGUUUUGAGUGAGAAAAAGACAAGCAGUUUCCAGGACAGAAAGGCGAAGAAAUCUAAGCUCCUAUUCCUUUCCCAUGAAAACCAGCAGCCCACGCCGAAUCUCCAUGAGAGGCCUCCUGGCAUUAAGGGCAACCAUUGUUUCUGGCCCUGCUCCUCUCCAGAAAGUUCCUUUCCCCAAACCCAGAUCAAGUGGCUAGAUCUCUUUGAUAAUUUCUCCCUGACUAAUUGCAAUACUCCUGUUCCCAAGAAUGCCACAGCCGGUUGCCAAUUAUUUUUUGACAGUGAGUAUUCUGAUUAAAAGGGGUUUGUAUAUAGCAUCUGCUGUGGAACUUUCCUUGUUACUUUCCGUUACCAAAAAGGAACCCUGUUUGGGUAUUGUAAAUAGUAAUCCCAGCAUUCUGGAUCUAUCACUCCCAUCAUCACUGAGGAGUUGUUUUAUGUUGUAACAUUUUAAGAAAUACUAUAGUAAAGUAGAAAAAUGGAGCAUGUAUCAUUUAAUUCCUCUACAGUUCUGGAGAUGGGAAAGGAAGUAUAUGACUAAAGUUGUUUUCUUUAAUAUGUCUAUACUGGCUCUUUGCUUUUUGUCUCCUCCCCAAAAAUGUAAUUCCCCCCCCCCCCGUGGUUAUAUACAUAAUGCCCCAAAUAAGGAUAUUCUGAACUUAUUAAUAGUAUGGUUGUGAGCAUAGGAAUGUUUGUUUGAUUUAUAAUAUAACACACAGUAUCUACUUGAUAAAUGUGUUUAUUAAACCUGUACAAUAAAUAUUCUAUGGAUUCU